AUGAUGCUUAUUCGCAAAGUUCUUGAGGCGAGAACAGAUCCAUACCUGGCAAUACUUGAUUAUCGUCACACACCUACGCAAGGGAUGGAGUCUAGCCCUGUACAACGAUUGAUGAACCGUAGAACAAGGACACUUGUUCCUACAACAGCGACACUCCUUCAACCAAGAGUAGCAGGUCGAAACAGGGAGAUUAGAGACUUAAACAAGCGGCAGGGGCAACAAGCUAAAUAUUACAACCGAACUGCGAAAGAUUUACCCAAGUUAGAAGAGGGGGAAAUGGUACGAAUGAAACCAUUUCGAAAGGGGAAGAAAACAUGGGACAAAGCCAUGGUAACUACCAGACUAGAUGAAAGAUCUUACAUCGCUGAAACGCCAGAAGGAAAGAGUUACCGCCGAAACCGAGGUCACUUGAAGAAAUCAGCAGAGAAGCUGACGAGAAAUGAGCCUAUCUUAAUAGACGAGCAGUCGAACGAGCAAUCAGUGGAAGGGGAUGCACUGCAAUCCAGCACCCCGCUACUAGACGUGUCAACAACAUUGGUACCAUCACCCAGGAAAUCACCCCGUCCGACGGAGGAAGAACCAUGUACAGAACAAUCGAAAAUUCACCCUGAAGUAAGGCCACAGCGUACCGGAAGUGCUCCAGAGUACCUUAAGUAUUAUGUUCGUUAG